UGUUUGAUUUACAUUGUUUUUGAUUGAUGAGACCUCUUCAAGGACCCAAUACUCGCGUAAAUUGAGAGCUACCUGUACUCGAUUUUCCUUUAACACUGGAUCCCUUAUAGCAAGAGAUGGGUUACCUGCAUCUUUAGAGCAUGCGCAAUUGCCAUCAGAAUGGCGCUGCCCCACUUGGUAGCCAUAUUGGUGGCUUUAUUUACAAAAUAUAUAUUUUCGCUGAGAAAAGGAAGUAAUUUAUUGUGAAACUUUGCAAAUCUACCAGACUGAAAAUGAAUGAUUCUUACAUUAAGGAGUAUAAGGCAGUGACUAGCCUUCAUGUGGCCAAGGAAGAAUACUGCCUUGAACUUGCCCCAUCUCAUGAAUGGAAAACCUUGGCAGUUUCUUCUUCUGAUAAGUUGGUAACAUUGAUGGAGACAGAAACCCUGACCAAAACCCUGACCCUGGAGCCACACUCUGAGCCCAUCACUGGCACAAGGUUCUCCCGAAGUGACAGCAACAUCCUCUGGACAAGCAGUCUUGAUGGUUCCAUAAAACUGUGGGACUUGAGGUCCAGCCAUUGUGAGAAAGAAUUGGUGGGGAAAACUGAAGCUUCAGAAGUGACUAAACCUAUCACCUGUUUUGAUAUAUCUAUGAAUGAAAGAAUUCUCUGUGGGGGUACUGAACUGGUGGAGGAAGGAGCUUUUAUACUGUUCUGGGACAUCCGUGGAAAGGAGGUCCUCGGUAGCUACUUCGAGUCAGCCAAUGAUGAUAUCACCCAAGUCGUCUUUAACCCUCAGCAGGAUGAUAUGCUUGCUACAUCUUCAACUGAUGGAUUACUCAAUGUGUUUGACAUUUCACAAAACUCUGAAAGUGAUGCUUUUACCUACUGUCUGAAUGCUGAAGUUGCUGCAGGAAAAUUGUGUUGGUUGAGUCAUGGGGGUAAGUAUGAGAGACUUGCUGCAACUACAGAUCUUGAAACCUUACAGUAUUGGGACAUUCGAGAAGCAGCACCUCUGCAUAGCUUCACCAGGGAGGAAGUUGCAAAUGCCAUGAAGUGCCAAGAAGCAGAUGAAAGCUAUGUUGUGUCUGUGACUACAUUCAUUGAUAGUGAUGACCCAAUUGUAAUAGCUGGCUUCCACACUGAAUCUGAGAGUGACUGUCUGCAAACCCUGAGACUUGACCUCAGUUCUGGGCAGCUGAGGCCUCAUGGUACCUUUGUGGCUAGACAGCCGCUGCUUAUGACACGAAGUGUUCUGUACCAGCCACCGACAGACAGUUUUUAUACAGGAGGGGAGUGUGGAGUGGUGAGUCUGUGGAGGCCUGAAGCACAAACAUCUGCUGGAAAGGAACGUGUGACUAAAAAGAAAAAGCAACAUAGAAGUAAACCAUACUAGCCUCUGUAGUGCCUUUAAUUUAUCAUGCAUUAAAUUGAAAAUUAUCAUACCGAACACAAAGCUGUAUGAUAAGUUGAAAUAUCCGAAGAAUGUUAAGGUUUACUGAAAACUGAUACAAAUGAUUUAUGUAUUAAUCUACUUUAUUGGUUUAGGAAUAGUGGUACAUGCAUAAAAAAUAUUUUCUUAAACUUAAUAUAAUAGGAUGUUGAUUUAAGGGCAGGGUGCAUCCAGUUACCUAAAUGAGAUUGACAUAUUUUAUCAAUUUGCAUGAAUUUAAAUCUUGUAAAGGGUAAGUUUGAUAUAAUUUAACAAAGUAGAUUUCAAGAAGAGGAAAAUUUAACUAAAACUUAUUAAAAGAUGAGGUGUGCUGAAAGAGGAACUGAGAGCCUGGUGUUUGUUCAGUGCCAGUCAUAUUAUUCAGUUUACUACCUAAACUCCUGUCUAUUAUUCUUACUCAAUGUUCAUGUAUCAAACUGUUCUGAGGAAAGAGUAAAAAUUCUUAUUAAUAUUCACCAACAAUUCCCUCUUACACAAAAAAUAUAUUUGCAUAAAAGAUAUGCAUAUGAUUUUUUUUUAUGCCUUUAUGCAGCUACUUUAGAAUUUCAAGAUUCUAAAGAUUGAGUAACUAUGCUCCAAGAAACAAUAACACUUAUUUCAAGAUAGGGUACCAUACUUGCUAGUGUUGAAGGCACACCCUUUUUCAAAUGCCAUAUUUUGAAAAAAAUAUCCUGAUCUUUACCAAUUUUACUAAGAUGUUUUAUUGGUUGUUUCCUGACCUUUAGGAUAUGCCUACCACACACACACACACACACACACACACACACAUUUACACAUUCCAAUUGUUGCCUAAUCACAUGGUGUUGUGUAA